AUGCCUCCGCAACAAGGUUACAUCUCUCGUCAAUUCGAAGCCCUCGAAGAUGGCGCCAAAACCCCAAUGGCCAUCUGCAGACACUGUAAUGAUAAGAAAGUGGCAAGAAACAUAGUCGCCCGCAAAGUUGCUCACCUCGCUGCUUGUGAGCCCUAUUCGACCUAUCUGCAGACUCUACUCGAUGAUGAGUCCUCUAAUGCUGGGGACAAAGAGUUGAAACAACUCCCUGAUGAGCUCAAGACGAAGAUUGAGCAGCGCAUCGAGCAGCCCUUGCUGUCAAAAACAAGCCAUGCUGCUGCCGAGGUUGCCAACCAGGAGUCUCUCAAAUCCGAUCUGGACGAUACUGUCAUGCAAGCUAUCUUCCACGGCAGCUUGCCUUUCGAUGCUUUCGAGCCCAACAAGCACCCUCACAUCCUUCGUCUGUGUCGUAUGAUCACGCCAGAUUUUGUUCCUCCUUCGCGUUCUCGCGUUGCCCAGGCUAUGGUCAAGCUGUCCACUCAGCCAGUCCAGUCUGUUGAGCCUAUUGAACCGCUUCAGACACCUCAGCCUAGCGCCAUCGAGAUAGACUAUGCUCAAGAGGAGUCUGCUCGCGCUGCACUCUCAUCUCGCAUCGUGAAUGACUUGCUCUCCCGCGCAACUCCACAAUCUACUCCCGGCUCCAAACGUCCUUUCGACCUUGUCUGA